GUCUCGACCAUCAUCAGUCAACAACAACAAACAACACUUCAACAGUAACAGUAACAGUAACACUAACAUCAACAAAUCUUUUUCCAAUUUUUUAUGUCCCACUCUUCCACUUUGCAAAAAGCGUACGUGCAUUCAUUACAUCUCUCUUCUCCCCCUUUUACUCUCUCUCUUAUUUGCACUCCACUGUUGCUGUACUACCUCAGUGCUGCUUCUUCCAAUGCGCCAUUUAUUCCCCUGUUUUUUCUAGGGUUAGGGUUCUUCAUUUCAAAUAUUUUUUACUUUAACAAAUACUCAACAAAAAAUGGAGGCGGAAGAUUAUAGAAGGAAAGAAAGAGUAGCUUUGUUAGUUUCCCUGAUAAUGGCGUCUCUUUCUAUGGUUUCUUUGCUCGUUGCUUUCAGUUAUUAUUGCUACAUUCGCAACAAAGUUUCUAAACGCUCUGAAAAUCAGCAAAUGGGGCAUUUCCAUAUGUCUUUCAAUUGUGUAUUUGAAGGACUUGACAAUGAUGACAAAAGUGGGCUGUCGAAUGCAACUCUUCAAGUUGCAUGUGAGAAAGGAUUACAAGUGUUUACAUUCAAACAACUGAAUUCAGCGACUAGUGGUUUUAGCAAGUCAAAUAUCAUUGGGCAAGGUGCAUUUGGUUCAGUUUUUCGUGGAGUGCUUAAUGAUGGGAGGAAAGUUGCUAUAAAGUUGAUGGACCAUGGUGGAAAGCAGGGGGAAGAGGAAUUCAAAAUGGAGGUGGAAUUGCUCAGUCGUCUCCGCUCUCCUUUCUUGCUUGGUUUGGUUGGAUACUGUUCGGACACUAAUCAUAGAUUGUUGGUAUAUGAGUUUAUAGCAAAUGGUGGAUUGCAAGAGCACCUUUACCCUGCUAGAGGUUCAAAUGCUUUUCCUUGCAAGUUGAAUUGGGAGACACGGCUGAUGAUUGCUUUGGAUGCUGCAAAAGGAUUGGAAUAUCUCCAUGAACAUGUGACCCCGCCUGUGAUUCACAGAGACUUUAAGAGUAGCAAUAUUCUUUUGGACAAGAACUUUCAUGCCAAAGUUUCUGAUUUUGGAUUAGCUAAACUUGGACCUGAGAAAGCAGGUGGACAUGUGUCCACUCGAGUCCUGGGCACCCAGGGUUAUGUAGCGCCCGAGUAUGCAUUAACAGGACAUUUGACCACAAAAUCAGAUGUAUACAGCUAUGGGGUUGUCCUCCUGGAGCUGCUUACAGGCAGGGUACCAGUUGACAUGAAGAGACCUCAAGGUGAAGGUGUUCUUGUAUCUUGGGCUUUGCCCAAGCUCACUGAUAGAGAAAGAGUUGUACAAAUCAUGGAUCCAGCACUGAAAGGUCAGUACUCUAUGAAAGAGGCCAUCCAGGUUGCCGCUAUUGCAGCAAUGUGUGUGCAGCCAGAGGCUGAUUACAGACCACUUAUGGCGGAUGUUGUACAGUCUCUUGUACCUUUGGUAAAGCUUCAUAGAUCAACUUCAACAAUCAGCGGUUCUUCUAGCUUGCAUGCACCCAAAUCUCCUACAGCUUUAGAAAGUAACAGCAACAGUAGUGACACUGUAUUAACCGAAUCCUAAUCCUAGUUCUAUAGGUGCAUCCAAGGCAGCUUUGUUAACCAACUUUUUUAGGGGUUUUGAGGAACUCUGUAUGUAUUAACUGAAGAAGAUCCGACCCCUGUAGUACUUAAUAGAGGGUGUGUAUCUAUUAGAUCUGAUCAAUGAACUAUUGUGUAGUAUAUGUGACAGGAAAUCAAGGAACUAUUGUGGAGUAUCUGGCAGGAAAUCAAGGAACCAAAAAUUCAUCAUAUGGGAAUAGUCAAAGUUCUCUCUUUACCUCUCUUUACUCAAAUAGUCUACUUGAUUUUCAGACUCUAUAUUUAUCUCCAUUUAGUUAGAUCCAACUGGAUAGUGUUAUUCAUGCUGGCUUUAUAUGCACAUGAUGCGUGUGUAGACCAUUAAUUAAUUUUGUCAUGUGAUGUGCUUGUAAAGUGAAACUAAUAUAUUGACAAGGAUUUCAUUGUGUUGCCGUCAUAUCUGAA